AGUCGCUAACACCGUCUCGCGACAGGUGCCCGCCAGGCCCGGCCCGGCCUGCCGUUGAUACCCGCGCCCCGCGCGACCUCGCGAUCCGUGUGUGUCUGUGUGUGCGUGUGCGUGUGCGUCGCCGGUCCCCAGGACCGGCUGGCACCUCGCCACGGGUCAGUGCUGCUCGUACCCGGACGGCCUCCCCGGCCGGCCGGUGGACCCCGAGCAUGGCGGAGGCGACUGGCGGCACCGGGAGCUGGCCUACGGCGUCACCCUCCCGCCCGACGAGAAGCACCCCGUCAAGAAGAAGCACUCGCUCCUCAGGCGGCGCCACAAGAACAAGGCGCGGCGGCCGUGCCGCCCGGUCAGCGCCGCCCUGGCGCUCGCCUUGGUGACGUGCGAGCAGCCCGACGACGUCACGAGCCAGCCCGGCGCGCCCGCGGUCCACGGUGGCACGUCAGCCCCGCAGGUGGACGCGGCCCGGCCCUGCGCCCCCCGCCCCGACGCUCCGCAGCCCCAGCCCGACGGGCGUCCGGUUGAUGCACCCCUCACUGCUCACGCCUUCCAGGCGAACAACGCCCCCCUCAGCAAUGGGCAUCGGAUCGAUACACGCCCGGAUGUCGUCCCGCAGGCCGACGCCCUCGAGGGAGGCGUGGACCAGAUCGACGCACCCUUUGCUCACGCCCGCGAGGCAGAUUACGACGCCCUCCAUCAGAUUGGCGCCCAGCAGGUGGAGCUCGUCGCCCCAACCAACGAGUGCCAGAUUGAUGCACCUCUUACUGAAGCUCCCGAGGCGAACGUCCACCCGACCGACCGUACCGACACGCCCUCACCCCCAGCUGACGUGCACCACCGUGAUGACGCCUACAAGGCGAACGUCGUUUUAACUGACGUGCAUCAAAGUGAUGCACCCCUUGAUGACGCCCACAAGGUGGGCGCCGAUCUAACUGAUGUUCACCAGAGUGACCCACUCCGUGAUGACGCCCCCCAGGCGGAUGUCGUUCUAACUGACGCGCACCAGAGUGAUGCACCCCUUAAUGUUGCACUACAGGGGGACGUCGUUCUUGCUGACGUGCUCCAGAGUGAUGCACCUCUUGAUGACGCCCUACAGGGGGACGUCGUUCUAACUGACGUGCAUGCACCUCUGACCAAAGUUCCCCAGGCCGACGGGGCCCCGCCCCCAGCCGACGCGCUCCACAUGGAUACACCCAACGAUGUCGCCCCCGAGGCCCGCAUCCUUCCCAACGGCGUGCACCCACAAGACCCCCCUCCGGAACCUCCGCCCGCCGACGAGCGCGUGCGCCGGGCUCCAGCCGCCCCCCAACUCCAGCAGGCCGCCACCCAGGUUGGCGAGCUCGUCGCCCCCCGGGGACCCUGGGCCGAGGACGCGCCGCGCCCGAAUGCCAGCCUUAUCGAGGGUCCCGAUAACAACACGAAGCCGCACGGUGGCGCAGGGAUUGGUGCGGCGGGCCUGAAGGCGGGCCCUGCGGGCGCGGACGUGGGCCCCGGGGGCGCCGUCACCACAGCUGACGCUGACGGCGGGCGGGAGUCGGCGAGCGCGCGGCGAGCAGCUGCUGGGUCGCCCGCCGUGCACACAGCUGUCAGUGUUCUAGAAGAACGGCGCGCGAGCUCGGCCGCGGACGACCUCGAGGAGCACCACGACGACGUCGAGUCGCGGGUCGCGGGAGCAGACACAACCGGAGGCCCCGGGGUGACAGUGAUGGCCGACAAACCAGAUCCGGGGGAGCAGCUGGACCCGCUGGGGGGCGACGCACCCGCGUCCGCGCCGGCGACGUCGGGUCGAGGCCGUCCAGAUGGUGGGGAAGUGUCGGGGGACGGGCUGGAGAACUCCGAGGGCGUCGAAGUGAUCACCGAAGUGGAGCCCAGGGGGAAGCCCCGGCGAACAGACGGCAGCGGGGAGUGUGUCGACGUGGCCAUCGACGACUUGAUCGACGAGGAAUACGUCGUCAUCAAAAUCACUUCGGGUCCUGGGCCGGGCUCAAAUGCCCAGCAGCAGCACUGGCUGCCGCCGGGCUACCACCAGGGGCCGCCCCAGCACUACAGCCCAGUGACGCCUCCGCUCCAGCCCGGAGUGCCCACUGGAGUGCCCGGGGUGCUGAGCCACGGACCACCGCCCAACCAAUCAGGCUUGGGCUUCCAUAAGGACGAGAGAACUCAACGUCAGCACAUCAGACUUAAACGCAAGUUGGAACAAAAGCAGACAAUGAAGGGAGACUCUAUGACUCAGCCUGGUUUAGGUGGGAGCACAGCCCAUGGCACACCUCCAGCCUCCCCAAGGAAAGAUCUUGCCAAUGGUCUCCGCACAAGGGUGAUCACUGGCAAAGAACGUGGAAUGAGCAGUGUUGGAACCUCAGAAGAUGGUGAAGAAAGCUCAAGCCUUCAAGAUGAAGAAGAUGAUGUGGAACUAAUCACUGAAAUGUUGUCUUCCGUCCAACCACCACAGGUAGCGGAAUUGGACUCAACUAGUGCUUUGCUUCACUGGUCAUCUCCAGAAGGGUUAAUGGAGUUGGGAAGUGAUGAGAUUCUUGAAACAGACCUAAGAUAUGAAGUUCUACUUAGUGAUAAAGGAAAGGAGGGUCGUUAUAAAUCCAUCUACAAUGGUCUCUCCCAUUCCUGCAGAAUCCAAGACCUGCAGCCUGGAAAAGAAUACUCUGUAUGUCUCCUCGUUCAUUUGGAUGAACUGAGAGGGCAGGCAUCAGAGCCCACAACAUUCACCACUCCAGCGUGUCGCCCUGAAGCACCCCAGCCACCUCGAUUAAUUCAAAAGAACCGUUUUGGACUGCAGCUACGCUGGCAAGCUGCUGUGGAUAAUGGCGCUCAUAUCCAACAAUACAUCUUGGAAUGUGAUAAUGGUACAGGUGUAUUUAGUGAAGCUUUCCGUACUAGAGCAAAGCAACAUAAUUUAUCAAGACUUCAGCCUGGCACAGCGUACAGGUUCAGACUGGCUGCUGUUAAUGAAUGUGGAAGAAGUAAUUACUCUGAGAUAGUCACAUACGUGACAGCAGGGAAUGUCCCUUCUCCCCCGAAUCCACCAAUAUUGAGGUCUGCUGCAGUAACCGGUUUGCACUUGGCGUGGACGCGCCGGCAGGGUGAUGAAGAGUUUGUCCUUCAGAUGGAUGACCGUUACUCUAACUACGGCUACAUGCCUGUUUACACUGGGCGAGAUACCCAUCAUCUAUGUGAUGGACUUCGUAGGCACUCUGAAUACAGAUUUAGGUUGAAGGCAAAUAAUGAAGACGGUUCUUCUCGUUGGUCAGAAGAAGUCUGCUACCGAACUCUUCCUGAUCGCCCAUGUCCACCCUCCAGACCUAUUGUAAAAGGAAAAAUUCAUGCUCAUUCCUUCAAGGUCAAAUGGGAUGCACCCCACGAAAAAGGUGGAGCUGAUAUCUCCAGUUAUACACUAGAACUUGGUACUGACAAAGGAAAUUUCCAUCAAGUCUACCAAGGGAUUCACUCAGAGCAUAUGUGUGAACGGCUUACACCUGGAACACAGUACAUCCUUCGUGUGUGCUGUGUUACUGCUGGAGGAAGAAGUGACUUUUCUGAUGUGACCACUGUUACAACAGAUGCAGUUUGUCCUGGUCAAUGCCAAUCUUUCCGCCUGCAUGGGAAACCACGAGCUACUUCCUUAUCAUUGAAAUGGAGUUAUCCAAAUACUGAUGGUGGUGCUCCCUUAAGCCAGUUUGAAAUUGAAGUUGCUAAUGCUGAGAAGGAAAAAGAAAGACGUCAGGCUUAUGUUGGCCGUGAAACAGAGUGUACUGUUCAAGAUUUACAGCCUGGGAAAUGUUAUGUCUUCCAUCUGCGUGCCUGUAAUAGAGUUGGGCCUGGCCCCUGGUCAGAGCCACUGAAAGUCCAGAGUGGAUCUGCACCUCCUGAAAUUCCCUUGCCACCUCAAGUUAAUGUUUCUCCCCGUUCCCCACCAUCUAAUGCUGGAUCAAACAUAUCUGUGUUGGUGGCAUGGACAGAAUCUGCUAGUAAUGGCUCUCCAAUCACCGAGUAUCAGUUGCAAGUUGGAAACCUUCGCCCUACCAGUCCAAGCCCAGCUCGCUCUACAAGUCCUUCUACUCGACCUGUUAGCCCUGCUAGUUCUGUGAGUUCCAAUAGCACCACUACCCCUAAUAUUCCUGCAAGCCCUGUGCGACCACCUCGACCUGCUGUGCCAGCACCCCUUGAUGCUGUAGAAAUUUUGGACUCUGUUUCUCCCAUUGAGCGAAGGAACGCUUAUGUUGGCUCAUCUACUAGCACAGAAGUAAAGAACCUUCUUCCAGCAACAACAUACCACUUCAGAGUUCAGGCUGGAAAUAGUGCUGGCUGGAGUGGCUGGUCAGCAGACUCUGUCCUGACAACACCACCUGGUCCGCCUGCUGCACCCACAUCUGUACGUGGUGCCUCAACUCCCUAUUCAGUUACUCUCACCUGGUCUGCCCCCAUCUGCAAUGGCUCGCCAAUUCUGAGUUAUCAGAUUGAUCUUCCUGAUAGAAUUAUCUCCACUGAUGGACCUGAUACUCAAAUAGUAAUUGAUCAACUUAAGCCGCAAUCACAAUAUAGGAUACGUGUGAGAGCUGUGAAUGCAGUAGGAACAGGUCCUUAUUCACAGUCAUAUAAAUGCACAACCAAACCUCUUCCACCAUCUCCUCCAAAUGUAGAGUGUGUCACAGUUGGUCAUAAUCAUUUGAAACUGAAAUGGGGUGAUGGUCGUAAUCCAGACUUCACUCAAUACAUUUUGGAAAUGGAAAAUCCUCGUAGUAAUGUGGAUCAAUUCCAAACAGUUUAUCAAGGUACAAACCACACCUAUAAGGUCAAUCGCCUUCAAGAAUUGACUGUUUAUAGAUUCCGAAUUGCUGCCUCUAGUGAUGCUGGUCAAGGAGAUUUCUCUGAAAUAUAUGAGUUUUCUACCUGUAUAGCACCUCCAUCUUCAGUCAAAGCACCGAAAGCUAUUGAAAUCCAGCAGAGAAGCUGUGUGGUUGAAUGGCUUCCGUGUAGACCCCUCCCCAAUGAUCCUGUUGUGUAUCAAUUACAACUCAGUCGUUUACGAGACCAAGACUACAAAGUGGUGUAUAGAGGAUCUGAUACCAAAACAACAUUGGAAGACUUGGAACCUGGUGCCGAGUAUGAUAUACGAGUAACGCCUAUUAGAUGCACAUCAAAUGGAGAUCUUUGUGGUGCCUCAUCACCUGCAUCAUCAUUUUCAUUACCAGCUGUAGAUUUGCCAGAACCUGUUGUCCGUGCUGUUCCUCAACAGGCUAUGCAGCCUACCCCAAUGACAGACAAGCAAAAGGCAGCAAUAAUCCUCAGUAUGUUUGGAGUCUUUGCUGUGGUCCUUGCUGUGAUUUUACAUAGUGUCCUUGGCUGACUAUCCUGGUUAUAAUGUCUUGGCCAACAGUCAGCAACAGAUGGCCAGUUCAUCCCUCUGCCUUUCCACUCUUUGUUUUACUUGUCGUUCAUUUUUCCAUGUACCGUCCUACCUCUUCCAUUUCUGAUUGUUCCAAUCUUCCAGUUAGUCUUUAUAUUAUUCAACCGCUACUAUUAUUUAAUAUUUAAGACAUUUUUAUUUUACUUGGAGGAGGUCUUUGGUUUAAACAGAGUCGUGGAGCAUUUCUUUUUUGAGUAAGGUAUAUGGUGCAGAUGAGUGUAGCUGUUCAAACAGUUGAAAAGACUGAAAUGCCCUGAGAGCCUGUGCCUGUGCCGCUCUCUUUCUCUCUCUUUUUCUCUCUCUUUCUUUUGCAUGAGCUCGUUUUGAUCUCUGCAAAGCCACCCCCUCUUUCUCCACUAUAUCUUACCUCUGUUUUACAAAUUAAUUAUAAGUGAUAAAGUGUAUUUGACUUUUACGAAACAGUUCACUAUAUGUGUUUAUUUUUUAUUAUUGUUUUUAAAUGUGUGCUGGAACUGAUUUCCACCACUAUACUUUUGGUAUGAGAAUGCAUGAUAGUUUUGACCAGUAGUAGCAAAGGAUUAUGUGAAGUGUUCGAAGCCAAUAGGCUGUCAAUUAAACUCUUAUUGUCUCUUUUAUAUUCUAAAAUUUGCCUAUUAUUCAAUUCAAAAGUAUAUUCUUCCCGAAUUCUUCUAGCUAUCGUGACAUUUGAUAUUAUUACUCUUGUCUCUCAAUUAUGAUGCUAUACAAAUUGUUAACAUAGAUUUGCCAAGUAUUUCAACUUUCUGCUGAUUUAUGGGUUUACUUUUAAGUAUUACCAUUUCAUCGGUUUAAAUUGUGUCAAUGAACUAGAUCUAUGUACACUGAAUAUCAGUUCUGAAUUCCAUGAGUUUGAUGUAUUAUCAUGAUGAGGUAUGGUUUCUGCGUGGAAGGAAAUGUUUGUUUUAGCUCAUUCAGCUGAUCAGAGUUUGGUGGUUUAUAAGCUGCUUUUUAUUGUUGUUAUGUGUUGAUCAAUUAUCUUGAGAUUAAUUUGCAUGCCCCUUUUGGCAAUUUUAAGAAUGCAUUUUUUUAGUGCAUUUCCAUGAAUGGUUAUGGUACUUUGAUUCAUUCCAUGGACUUCUAUGUAAUGCACAAGGACAUUGAUGAAUUUAGCUGGUCUUCCACAGUUACCUUUUUCCAAUCUUGUCGUUAAUUUUAGCUUUUCUUUGUUUGCUUUUAUUGCAUUAUUUUGUUCACUGUCCUUCAGUUUUGUGUUAUGCACCUAUAGCCUUGUGCUUGCAGAAUGUUCUGGCUCCCCUUUUAAGCGUGCAUUGUUUUGAUUAACCUACUUGAGUGUUUCCUUUCAAUUUUUAAACUUGUUGAUUCCAUAUAUGCUGCUUUAGUUACCUUUUCGCUGAUACCCAACAAGGCCCAAAUUUUCUGUCUUGUGUUACUUAAAUCCUCUUCUAGUUGAGCAUGGAAAUAAAGAGAGAAAACAUGGCUAAUCAGUGAAACUGUUUCCUUCUGUUUUAAAACUUGCUGUUGUAAAUUACUAAGAGGUUUAUAUUCCCCAGUAUUAAUUGCACAGGGAUUGUUGAUUGUUGUGUUGUAUGAAAGGGAAUUGUGUGGAGUUUAUAUUAUAUAUUAUAAUUUCUUGUUAUUAGGGGACCAAUAUUGCAUGUCCCUUACUCUUGUUUGCCUUGUAUGUACAGUUACAUUGUUUCCUCUCUUAGUUAGUAAAUUGACCAAGUGAUGCUGUGUUCCAGCCUUCUUUUUUGUUGUCUAAUACUAUUGGGGAGAGUACCUAGAGCUAGGAUAUUUUCUUUGUCAUUUUACCUCCUCUUCCUUCGUUUUGUGGUGCUAAUGUAAAGCUCGGAUUGACAUUUAGAGAAACCAUGUUAUAUUUGCUGAAGGAUUCUGAUUGUGACUGCUACAAGUAGAAUGUAUUUGCUGCCUGAAAUAAUCUUACCCUCAAGAAAUGGGCCUAAGGUCCGCCCCCCCCCCCUCCCCCCUUUUCUUAUUUUGCUUACAUCUCUUCAAAUUUCCUGUAUUGCGAAGAACUGAAUCUGUUUUAGUAAAAUUUGCUGUAUCUUCCUUAUUUUAGCAUGCUUAAGAAAUUUGUGCGUGCAUUGUUUUGUUUGAAAUCUGUUUUAAAAGGCCAUUGCCCAGCUGUUACUACUUCAAAUCUAUUAUCAGGGUGAGUCAAAUGUCCUGGAUCAACCAAAAUUAUAUUGCAAGAAUUGUGAUUUAGUUAUCAUUGGGAUUGUUGUAAGUUUUGAUAUUAAGAAGUCAAAGAUUGUUGUUUAUGUCUGCAUUGUUGGUGCAUUCCACAUUACACCAAAUAGUGCUCUGUUUGAAAAUCUAGAAUUAAGAAAACAGGAAUGUGAUUUCCUCUCUUGUUUAGACCCCUUUUUUUGCCAUAAUAUAGUUUCUAUUCCAUACUUAAAAUAUUUAGAAACUGGAAGUUUAUCUGUACGGAUUGAUUAUUUGGUUUAUGUACUUGCUGGCCUGCCUCAACCACAGUGAUGCCAGGCUCGCACAAACGAGAAUGAGAGUUACCUCGUGUGGCUAGAGCCAGUGCCGCAAGACGGAGCAAGUGUAGCCCGUCACGACCUGAUCGAGUCAAUGAAUUUUGUACAUAAUCACUUUAUUUACAUUAUUAUGGUUGAAGAGGUAUUAAAUUAUUUAUGUGGAA